AUGUCACCAGCCCUUUAUUUGACCGUGCUCCUCGGUCUGUGGAUGGGAGCUGAGGUAAGUAAUCACAUCCCAUUAGAUGGCAGCUUUUUACUUUUCUCAUGCAAAUAAUUGUUACAAAUCCAAGUAGACUUUAACUCUAAAACAUGUCUAUUUUUCUCAUUUUACAGGCAUGUGGACCUAAAGGUUAGUAGCUGUUGGAAUUGGGCAGGUUGACAAGUCCUGAAUAAUCACAUCAUUACUGCUUCAUCAGCUGAUAUUCAGUGUUUCUAGAGUUUGCUCUGAAGCUCUGAAGCUGUCUCGUCCUCACUCUCUCUCAUUCGCUCUGUGUUACAGAGAAUUGCUGUAAAGUCUGCCCUGCUGGUUGGGCUCAGUUUGGAUCCGCCUGUUAUAUCUACUACCACAGUGCUAUGGCCUGGGCUGAUGCUGAGGUGUGUUUUAAAAUGAUGUUAUUUGCAGACUAGCUGUCAGUGUUUCUGUCUGUUUUGUAUCUCUCAGACCUGUCUGCUCUUGCUUUAACAAAUCCUCCUCUUCUUCAGAAAUUCUGCACCUCUAUUGGAGGAAAUCUGGCUUCUGUUCACUCUAAAGAUGAGUACCUCUACCUCAGGAACGCAGUUCUGCGCACUACCGGCCAACAUUCAACCGCAUGGCUCGGAGGAUAUGAUGCAGCAAAGGUGGGUGUCAGGAUCAGAUUGAGUUGUCCUUUUUUUUAGCUAAUAAAGAUUUAGAUUUAUUUAGAAAUUUUAGAAUGGCAUAUGCAUCCACGUAUGUAUGAUUUAGACAGACGCCUUCUUGUUUUCAGGAGAAUCUAACCACAGAUGAAGUUUGACAUCAGCUAAAAAAGGAGGAAAUGUUUCUUUACUCCCUUUUUUUUCUUUUCAGGAGGGUGUCUGGCUGUGGAGCGAUGGUUCCAAGUUUGACUUCAAAUUUUGGGCUAAAGGAGAACCAAACAAUGCUGGUGGACAUGAGAACUGCAUGGAGAUGAACUUCAGAGGUACAUUUUGAUCUCACAGCCCUCCUGCGCCCCAUUUUCAGAUUAUUCUUUCAGAGACACUGGAAAUAUGUCCCUGUGUUUUUUCUAGUUAUAUUCUUCUCUUUUUGUUUAAAGAGUUUAAAAAAAAAAAGAAAUGAGAUUGUAGGAGGUGUUAAGAUAUCUACCGCCACCAUUCUUGAUCUGUACGGUCAAAACUAGGUCAGUGGCAGGGGAAACAAAUGUGGUCAGGCCUUGAUGGUUACUCAGUUUGGAUCAUUUCAUUUCCCGUGGUUUUAUUGUGUGACAGUAUUUGUAACUUGUACUCAAAAGACUGAAAACCUCACGUGUAAAUAUUCUCUUUUUUGUGUCUGCAGGAAAGGACUUUGUCAACGAUAUCCCCUGUGGUCCAAAGAGACCUUUCAUUUGUAAAAAGGCUCUGUAAAGUAUCUGCUGUGUGCUCAGACUUAUGAGGAUGAUGUUUCCUCAUUUAAUGUCAGUUGAACCAGGACGUCAAACCUUGGUGGCUUCCCUUGUCGUAAAUUGUCUGACAGUUCUGCUUGAGUUUAACUUCAAUAAAUAAAACAAUGUCUUGAACUCCAUCUUCUUGUCUCACCUCUUUUUACAAAACUCAUCUACCACCUCCCACAAUAUUCAUGUUUAUGUUUUAGCAGCUAAAAGUGGAAAAGUGAGUGUUUAAGGGUCUUCAGGAAACUAGAGAUACUUUUUAGUGACUGUGUCUCACUGUACUCUGAAGAUUAUGAACUCAAAAGAGAUAACACAUCCAAGGAGCGAGAUGGUCCGGACAGAAUUUGGGACUAAACCCAUUUUUCUGCUCACUUGUGGAAACUUGGUGUAAACUGAUUAUUAAGAGGCUCGUCAAGUUAUUUAAAACCAACCUGAUCAGACUUGUUAAGAGGACUGAAUGUUUAUGGUGCAUCUGACCGGGUUUACAGCUUUUGUUUGUGUUUUAUGUCCUAAAAAAAGUUCAUUUUUUCCAUAAUUUCAUUCAAAAGCAAAUCUUCCAUAUAUUCUCGAUAUAUUUUUGAGCAGCACCUGCACUUGCCCUGCAGUCUUGUCUUUGCAUACUCCACUUUUCUGCCUCAUCAUGUAAAUGUGUGAGUACGAUGUGUGUUAUUGAGGGAUACCACCACCAGAGGGUGUGCCAUAGAGCUGAGGACACAUCCAUCUAUGGGAUUUGUGAGGUGUAAACAACAGGCACGAAAACAGGAAGUGUUGACGCUGAGAUAAAUGACCGCAGUGUCAACACGUCUUUAAUUGCUGGUAUGCAAACUAAAUAACUAAACCCAAAACAAAGAAAAAUGGAGGUCAGGAGUUGGAGGAUAUAAUGAUUUGUAAACAGAAAACUGGUCCAAAGAAAAGAAAAAAAGAUUUACAUUCAGCUGAAAACCAACUGAGUGAAAAUCCAGCUGAGUGAGACUUCAGCCUCCUGAUAUCACCUCUCUGGGUCACGAAGAAAUCCAAACCUAGAGUUGAUCUGUACAAAACCACCUGGACUUAACAAACCUGAGUUUGAUAUAAACGCUGACUGAGGAAAAACCUUCUGUCUUGGUCGUCAGGGUUUUUGUGUCAUUUCUUUUCUGCUGUUCGAUUUUAACGAUCUUUUGUUGUUUGGGUUCUUACCCGUCCUCUCUUCUGUUCAUGUCUGUCUCAGCACACAUUUGUUUUUAUGUUUCCAGAGGUAACGAUAAUGUGUAAAAAGUUGUAGGACCUUGUGGGUAAGUGUAAAAGCUAUAGUACAUCUUUCCCCUUGUGGCUUUAAUAAACAAACCCCAGGGGUGAAGCUGACAGCUGACUCUGAUGAGUUCACCUUGAACUCUGUCAUUACCCUCAAAACAAGCAGCCGAGUGUCAAAUCAAACACCCGUGUUGUUUAUUAACAGCUGUUAUUUGAAUUUCUGUCGUGAACCCUGAGGCCAGUACACAAAGUUCAGGAGAUACAAGUUUGUUUAAGAAGAUUCUGGUUUUUCCUGAAGUCUCGGUCUGAACACCGAACUCUACUCAUUUUCGAUUUGAAUUUGCAAACAACAUUUGUUUGAUUAAAGACUUUGUAAACAAGCGAAGAGGCUUUAAAAGGAGUUAAUUUACAUCUCAGAGAGACUCCGCUUCUGCAGCGAGUGAACCUCAUCCCAGCUUCGCAACAAGGUGAGGCUUUCAUUCCUGUCCUUUUUACUCUUCUGGGUUUAUAUCUGCUGAUGUUUUCAUUUAAAUCAACCAUCUUUUUUAUUUUAGACUUGAAUAUUUUCUUUUGAAAAAUUAGCAUGUAGCUCUCCAUGUUGUGGAAUUACUAUUUACUUCUGUAUAAUUUAAUAUAUUUAUGAUGUAAAACUUCAUUAAUUCACUUCAUCUUCACACAGAUGGCAUCAGGCCUCCAUUUGGUCUCACUCCUCUGUUUGACUGUUGGACUGUGGACCGGAGCCCAAGUACCUCAUUACCUUCUGCUUGUCUAGCUGUUUAUAAGGCUGACAUGAUAAUGAAUUCAGAAAUCAAAUGAAAACAACACAAUGAUUUUUGUGAUGGAGCGAUGAAAAUUAAAGAUAUUUUGUCUUUUAUUUCACAGGCAGUAUGUCCGGGUGAAGAAGGUUGGUGUUUGUCAGAUUUCUCGCUCUUCUUCUCGUGUUUAUUUUGUAAAACUGAAGGUCGGCGCUCUUAACCUCCUGAAUUCUCUCUCAUACAGUCUGUAAAACUUGCCCCUCUGGCUGGUCUCAGUACGGCAAGUCCUGUUACAUCUUCCACUUCCAGCCAAUGGCCUGGGCGGUCGCAGAGGUGAGUUUUUCAAUAAUAUCCACCUCAAAUAUUUCAGUUCAGGGUGAUGGGAAUAAUGCAGUAAGCUCAGGACUUUUAUCCCUCACCUGUCUGUCCUCGCCCUCUCUGCCACCGCCGCCGCAUUAGAAACACUGCACAACUGAAGGUGGAAAUCUGGUGUCUCUCCAUUCCAGAGAUGAGUACGACUUCAUCAGGAAUACGCUUCAGCGAGUGGCCGGUCGACAAGUGAACAUCUGGCUGGGAGGAAAUGAUGCAUCAAAGGUGGGUGUAUUUUUAAAUGAACCUAUUCUUGAGGUGAUUUGGGGCUCGUUUGGAGAAUUUUCAGGGUCCAGAUAUUUGUAUGAUAUAAUCAGUGAAUACAGAAUAAUCUAAACGUACAAAAAAGAAACACAUACUUACAGAGUAACUGUGUCCCUGUGUAGAGACUUUGAUUACAAUCAGCAUUGUGCAGUUUUUUUAUGCAGAUGUGUAGCUGUAAGUUCCGUCUGUUCUCACCAGCCUGCAGCUCCCCCUGCAGUUAUUUAGCUGCGUCUACAGCAGUGUUGAUAAGAGCGACGUGCUGACAGAUUCACAGUGAUACACAGAGAUCACUGUUGUCUUAAACUGAAGGGGUCUCGUCCUCGCUCCGCCUCACGCUAUCGUCUUUUUAACAUCGUGUUUUUUUUUGUCAGGAGGGUGUGUGGCUGUGGAGUGACGGCUCCUACUUCGACUUUAACGGCUGGAAUAAAGGGGAGCCCAACAACUUUCAGGGACAUGAGAACUGCAUGGAGAUGAACUAUGAAGGUACAGUUCUGCUCGGUCCCCUCCUGCUCUUUUGGAAGGAUGGCCCGUUUCCCUGGGGGGUCAUUGGUCGUGGAGGAAAUGGGAACAGAUACUCAGGGAACUGUACCUGGUGGGGGUUGACAUACUUUCAUAGGCAGCAGAGCUUGAAUACACCAGAUUAAAUGUCCUGGAAAGACCGACAUAUAAACUCUUAAUGUUGUUUUUUUGUUCCUGUCAUCAGUAGAUAAUUUAUCAGAUUUCUCGCUGCCUGAUCGGGUCUAUAAAUGAAGAAGCUACCAAGGGAAAUGGCACAGAUUAGCUAAUCAGGAAGGGGUCGUUAACGGGGGAUUACCGCACUGACUGAGAGCUUAUUGGUACCAGGAAGAGACUCUGAUGAGGACAGGGUUUCCUCACUCGGCACUUGUCCAUAUCUUGUGUUUGUUGUUGAUGUCAGUCUCUCUUUCUCCUCCAGGCCGGGACGUCGUCAACGAUAACAGCUGCUGGAAGAAGAAGUCGUUCUUCUGCGCCAAGGCUCUGUGA